UUGUUGCUAAAGUUCUCUCUUCUCGUUUAUUUUUGGAUUAAACAAUAAAAGCUCGACAACAAAAGAGUUAAACAAGUGGAAUUUUCGACUAUUGAAUAUAGUUAACACAAAAGAACAAUGACAAGGCUGGGAAGAAGGCGAACAGCUGAUGCCUGAUAAGGCGCAGAUGGAGGAACGGGAAACAACCCCUUUAAGGAAAAGGGCGAAAGCCUGUCCAGUUCAGUUUUACAUGCGCUGCGAAUAAGUUGCGAUAAGUUUGCUCUCCGCUAAUCACGGUCUCAACUGGAAACCAAUACCGGAACACCAGCAGCAAAAACAACAACAGCAGAUGCUGCAUUAUAGAGACCACUAGCUGCCACUCACCCUCGCUGCCUCCUCCCGCAUCCGCCGUUGCCAUGACCGGAACGUUGUGAAAUUCUUGCCAUUCGUCAUCGUAGUCGCGGCAGUUGUGGAAAUCCCCCGUUAGGAUGGCCCUCGCCAGUGCUGCCGCCGCCCUGCUCAAGGGCUCCCAGACGCCGCUGCAGCAGCUCCUGGAGGACAUCAACUUCCAGCGCACCAAGGAAAUGCGGCAGCUGCUCAAGGAUGAUGGUGGUUUCGUAGUGCUCCAGGGCACUACUUAUUGGACCGACCUGUUCGUGAGACACUUCCUCUUCCAAACGGAGCCCGUGCACAGCAUCGAUUCGGACGACCUGCUCUUCUUUGUGCGCAAGAAGCACGUGAAGAGCUCCUCUCGCCACAUGCCAAAAUUUGAGACUGAAGUGGAGGUAUUCCGCAAGGACUCGCGCAAACUGCCCAUCGGCGAUCCCGAUGUGGAUUGGGAAGAGACAGUGUAUCUCAAUAUGGUUAUACACCAGUUCGACUACACCCUAACCCUGGCCAUUUGUACAAGGACCUCGCCAAAGGAGCUACAGGUGCUGAGGAGGCACUCGCAGCGGGUGUAUGCCAGUCCCAGUCGCCGGAAGAUGGACACCAAGGGCGAGGGUGAGGAGAUUACGUAUCCGCACAUCUGCUUCAUGGUGGACAACUUCGAUGAGGUGUUCAGCGACAUUCUGGUGCGCGACGGAGAGAUGGUGUGCGUGGAGCUGGUGGCCAACGACAAGGAUGGAGCGGUGCAAGGAGUGAUUUUCCUAGGAUCCAUACGCUAUGAUGCCUUGAAGAAGGUCUACGAUGCCAGGCAAUCCAGUCUCAGCUCCAAGGUGGCGCAACGCAUGUCCUUCGGGCUGUUCAGCAGUGGUGCCGGCGUCCAAACACGCUGUGAAUUUGUGCGGAUGAAAGGACCGCAGGGCAAGGGCCAUGCCGAGAUGGCGGUGACUAAGCCAAAGGGUUCCGGCGUGGAGACGCCCACCAGCGAGCCCGGCUUCUGUGCCACGGACAUGUGGGACGAGUGGGAGGAGGAGAACGACGACUAUUGCACGUAUCGCCAUCAGCGACGCCUCAGCGAUCCCAGCGCCAAUCUCAAUAACUUCUCGCGCUACGGCUGGCGCACGAAGAACUCGGCGAACAACCAGGACAUGGUCGGCAGUGGCACCAGUCCCAGUGUGGGGGCCAAGGCGCGAUCGGAGAACGAGGGCCUAGACUCGCUGGCCAGCGAGGUGUCCGAAAUCGAGGCCGGGGAUCUGCGCGACGAUCAGCAACGUCCUGCUUUCUCGGCCUCCGCGGCUAAACUGCACCCAAAUCCGAACUGUGAGACCCACAAACUCGCUGAACAGGUGCCCCAAGAAUCGUCCACAGCUCCACAGUCGGCAGCUGCUGCUGCAGUACCGGCUGUGACUCCGCCACCUUUGAGCGCUGCGGUGGAGGUCACAGUGUCCACUGAGAAAUCAAGCAAUGAAACGGGACAGAGCUCCUCAACUACGGGCUGCAAUUGCUUUGGUGGCAAGAAAUGCAAGAAGCGCUGGCCGGCAGACAAGAACACGGACACUCCGGAAAUGUCCGAGAUUUACUGCCCCAGCUGCGAGGAUCCGUCCAAUGAGUCGCCCGCCUGUCUGGCCAAGAUGCCCGACAAACGGCCCACGCGGCUCAAGCCCAAGACCAGCAUUCUGAGCGUGGAGAGCGAGGUGCUGGUGGUGGGCAAGCGAAAUAGCUUUAGGCUUCCAUCCGAGAACAAACGCAAUCAGCAGGCCAAAGGCAGCAUCACCAGGAGUGCCUCGCUGAGUGCCGCUGAUCGCAGGACCAGCCUACCGGUGGCCACCAAGAAGAUCAUACCCCCAAGACUGCGCACGGCCAAGGCCAAGGAUCAGGAUAAGGAUAAAGAUAAGGAUAAGGACAAGAACAAAGAGAAUGACAAGAAGUCUUCAAACCAAAAGGUCAAUGGCUCAGCAGGCAACUUUCUGUCCAAGAUGUCGCCCAAGCGGCUCAGAGCUGCCAAGGAUAAGGAUAAAGACAAGGACAAGGACAAGGACAAAGACAAAGAGUGUGACAAAGACAAGGGCAAAUCGGUCACCAAAACUAAAGGCCCCAACAAUAAUAAUCCAAAGGCCACACCAAGCUCCAAAAGCGAAGAGUACGAAAUAGCCGAUGACGCCACUUCCCUGAAUGGAGAAUCCGAUGGAGCUGGAGCCAUGGCCAAGAUGGCUAUACUCAGCGAGAGCGACAGCAAGCUCAUGAUCAGCGUUCGAGGACGUGAGGAGCUGCCGGUGGUUGAAUCUCCAAAGACGCCAACCAAUCGCUUCGAGAAGUGUGUCCGUAUGCCAGUGGAGGCGGAAAGUCAUCCCUUGCAGCCGAACGAGAACAAUGAGAAUGAAGUGGAGGAGAAGGUGAUCUCGCCCACGGACGUGGCCAAUGGCAACCAGGAGGCCAGCAGUGCCACGCUACCGCGGACAGCCAAGCAGGCUCAUGUCAGCAAGAUGCUGCAUUUAGUGCCCAAGCGGCGAACGCCCGAUGGCACCAACAUAUACUACUGGUGCGAUGUGCCCAAGAAGGCGCUAAAAGAACUCGACGAUGGCGCUUAUAAUCCCUUAUGGACCAGUCGAGGCUUCACGCAGUCCUUCCAUUUCUGGAAGGAGAAUCGAAGGCAGCAGUCCACGCCGCUCAAUGCAUUUCUCACCUAUGUGACACUGCCCUGGUGGAGCAUUGCUAAGGAUCUCUUGGAUCACCGGGAAACGCCUAUUCUGACCUUUUAGUAUUAACUUAAUUUGUGAUUUACGUGCGCCCUCUCUAUGCUUUAUAGCUCCUCUCACAUGGCAUGAUCGAGUGCCGUGGUGAUUAGUCUCAGUUCAAUUUAUCAGUAUGUACUUGCGUUAAGUUUCCUAAGCAGCAGCAGCAAAGCCAACCUACAAAUCUAUGAUCUACGAGUCUACGAAAUACGAUAGUGAACACUGUUACCGAUGAUGAUAUGAAACGGAAAAUAUAUAUAAUUGUAAUAUUAUUUGUAAAUUGUAAUGCAACAUUUAUACCACAAAAAAAUAUAUACGAAAUAGAAAAUGA